AAAAAAAAAAAACUUUGUUUGUUAUUUUCUUUAGAGGAAUUUUGGGAUUUAUAGAGGUUGAUGAUUUGAUUUACAGCGAGGGAUCCGAUAAAGAAAGAGAACAGAGGGAGGGAAGAAAUGGGUUGUUUCCGUCGGAUCCUUCUCGUGAUAAUGGUGAUGAUGAUGUCAUUACUGUGUUGCAGAGUGAGCCAUUUGGGCAUUGCCGUUGUCGGCAAAGUCGCCGGAGAAGACGAAGGCGAGAAGAAAGAGCUCCGGAUCCUGGAAAAGUUCCGAGCUUUACUCGAUUUGAUCAAACCCUCUACGUCUCCGCCAAGAAAUCGAGCAAAGUCUGAUCCUUUAUCUCCGUGGCCGGCUCCGGCUCCGUCGCCGUUUCCCGGCGAUGGCCCUGGCUCCUCUCCGGCGUAUCCGCCGGCUCCUCUCCGGCCAAUCCAUCAUCAUUUUCGUCGUCCGUUGCCGCAACCGAACCAUCACUGGAGACAGCACGAGAGACAAAGGGUAAAACGAGGAGGAGGAAGAUGGAAGAACAUCCUUGUACCUGUCCUGGUCGCUACAACUUCAGGAAUCGGCUUCGUCGCUUGUGUUGUGGGACUGUUCUGUCUUGGAAUGAAGAUCAGGAAGAGGAAGUACAGUGGAAAGAAGUCGUUUAAGCGGAAGAAGGGCAAAUCUCAGAGCUCUUCGACGAGGAAGGUCAGCGUCAACCCUACUCUGGAUUUUCUGUACCUCAACUCAACGGGAGUUGAUCUGGAGAGACAGUGCUCUGUUUCUAUUAAAGAGACACGAGAAGACGAGAAGGGUUUGAGCUACAACAAUGGCGGAUUUGUUGAAGGAGAGGUGAAGAACGGAGGAACUGAGAUUCUGCCAGAAUUAUCAGACCACACGAGCAGUUCUUCGGCCAAAGAGAUAGUGUCGGUGCAUGAAAAUGGUGAACGAGUAGUAGACUCUGUUGGUGGUUUUGUCGUAUUUCCUCGAGAAAAUGACUCCUCAGACGAUGAAUCCUUCCAUUCGUUCCAUGCCUCUCAGUCUUCAAGAUUGUCAAAUGCUUCUGCUGAUACUGUUGUUGAAUCUUCAGAACAUUUUCGUGAACGAGAGCUGGAGAUUCAAGAAUCAUGUCCGAAAGAUUCCCAGAUCUCCCCUCCUCCACCUCCGCCAUUUCCUCGUUUCUCAGGCAGACGGUUUCGCCCUCUCUCUUCUCAUAAACCGAGGCCAAAUCUUGCAUACAAUUCACCAGAUGUCUUAGAAGAAGUUUCAGAUUCUUCCUCGAAGGCAAAUCUUCAAACCCUUUACCCGAAUCCACCCAAAAAGGCAUCUAGCUCUUCAUCAAGCACGAAUCUGCAGACCCAUUUGCCGGAUCUUUCUGAAAAAGGUUUUGGAUCUUCCUUGAGCACCAUUCUGCCAUGCCCGCCUCCACCACCACCGCCACCAAGGUCUCUACCUUUGGCGGGAAGCAACAAAACGCCACCACCUCCGCCGCUGUCUCUUGACUUCUCUCAACGUGCGACAUUGGGCAAAGACAGAGCUCCAUUGCCUAAACUCAAGCCGCUUCAUUGGGACAAAGUUAGAGCCACACCAGACCGUAGGAUGGUCUGGGAUAAACUCAGAACAAGCUCCUUUGAAUUCGAUGAAGAGAUGAUGGAGUCGCUAUUCGGGCAGAGUUCGACGAAGAACAACGACGAAGAAAAGAGCAAAACUCCGUCACCGGGGAAACAUCUUCUGGAGCCCAAGAGACUUCAGAACUUUACCAUUCUCUUGAAAGCUUUGAACGCAACCACUGAUCAAGUCUGCAGUGCCUUGCUCAAAGGAGAAGGGUUGAGUUUGCAGCAACUAGAGGCGUUGGUGAAGAUAGUGCCGACAAAGGAAGAAGAAAGCAAGCUCUGUAGCUACAGAGGCACCAUUGAUGAGCUUGGCUCUGCCGAGAGGUUCAUUAGAGCCAUUCUUGCCGUGCCCUUUUCGUUUCAGAGAGCCGAAUCCAUGCUUUAUAGAGAAACAUUCGACGACGAGGUUGUUCAUCUCAGAAACUCCUUCUGUAUGCUCGAGGAAGCAUGCAAGGAACUGAAGUCGAGCAGGUUGUUCCUGAAGCUUCUAGAGGCAGUCCUCAAGACCGGAAACCGAAUGAAUGUGGGGACAGUUCGUGGAGGGGCGAAAGCCUUCAAGCUCGAUGCCCUUCUCAAGCUCUCUGACGUAAAAGGAACAGACGGGAAGACAACUCUGCUUCACUUCGUCGUCCAAGAGAUUUCCCGGUCGGAAGGGAUCAGGGUUUCGGACAGCAUCAUGGGUCGGAUCAUGAACCAGGGAGCGAACAAGAACAGAACCGAGAAAGAGAAAGACGACGAUUACAGACGGAUGGGGCUCGAGCUCGUAUCCGGACUCAGCAUAGAGCUCCAGAACGUGAAGAAAACGGCCACGAUCGAUCUCGACGUCCUGACGAGCUCAGCGUCGAAUCUGAGAGAGGGGCUGUCGAGACUGAGAACUCUUCUGGGGUGUCGGAAGCUGGAGAGGGCGUUCGUGGGGGAGAUGAGGCUGUUCUCGAGGGAGGCGGAGAAGAGAAUGGAGGAAGUGAGGGAAGAGGAGAAGAGGGUAGUGGAGAGAGCUCGGGAGGUGACCGAGUAUUUCCAUGGGGAAGUGAAGGGAGAUGACAAGAACCCUCUGAGGAUAUUCGUGAUCGUCAGAGAUUUUCUGGGGAUGUUGGAUCUUGUCUGCAGAGAGCUGAGGUGUGUCAGAGUCCCAAGCACUCCUUUCCGAUGAAUCCAGAAAACGACAUGACAUAGAGAUUUGUUUCUUUGUUCUGUAAGUAGCGAAUGAAAUAUAUAUACACACACAGAUAUGUGUAUAUAUAUAUGUAUGUAUGAAAAUGGAUGGGUAAUUUUGUGAACAACACUCUCUUAUGAAAGACUCUUUUAACAAAUGGUUAAUAACCGAAUAAUUCAUUUCA